AUGACGUCCCUGGAGCGCUCGCAGCGCCGGCGACAUCUCGAGCAGCUCAGCCCGGGCCGCCUGGAGGCCGUGACGCGGAGGCAGCCGCGCGGGGGCGUCCACAGCAGGUCCCGCGAAGGUGUAACUGAGCCACAAACUUUUGCCGACUCCCGCGGCCGCAGCCGCCCGCAGCCCGACUCCAGCCGCGGUCCCGCUUGGGCGCGGGACCUCCUUAAAGAAAAGCACGUGGGCAGGGGCCGCGGCCCCCGCAAGCCGCCUCGGGCGCCGGCUUACACUCGCAGUCCGGACCUGUGGCGGGAAAAUGAGGACGCGUCCCCGCCCGCCUUGAGGCCAGUGAAGCCCCUCUGCUGGCGGCACCGCCAAUCCCUACCGCACACCUUGUGUCUCCUACCUAAACCCCCGGACCCGGAGGACUCCCAACCAUCUCGCUGCCUGAGCCGCCAGUCCCCCUUAAGAAGUGUUGGCUGUACGGCGGCGCCAGAGGGCCAAACUAAAUUCGUUUUUGGGAAACGCGCUCGGGUGGUAAUUCUGGAAAUCUUGGGCUGGUGCACAGACAGGGGGAAGCCGCGUCAGCCUAGUGUGCCCGGAGGUAGGCCGCCGUCCACUCGCCGCACCUACCCGGUGGGCGGCGUGCGCGCAGCCAUUCCCUCAAAAGCAGAGGCCUGGGAGGCGGGGGAGCCUCUGGAAGAGAAAGGGUCCCAGAAACUAAACCUGCCCCGGCCUCUGUCUCAACGCCCAGAUCCCGGAGAAUCCCGCACCCAGGCGCCGCCCACCAAGUUCCAAAGGAGUCCUAGGCGACCCGGGAGGCUGUCGGAGCCCAGCCGAGAAAGGAAGUGAGGCUUGAUAGUAAAUCUUCGGGGAGCCACCCUGGGAGUUUUAGGCAGCAUUUUCUUUUCCCUGCUUUUUAUUCCCCAAAUCCCAUCUCCCCCACUUCCCUGAGCGAACGGGUUAGAGAAAAUGCACAAUUCGAAGUCUGUGAGAACAAAGUGGCUCGAGUAAACCAACUCGUGGUAGCUAAGGUUUUUGGCUGCAAAGAAACAAACUAAUCCUCCUCCGGAUCAGUGUCCAGGAACUUAGAAGAAAUGGUGAUAUUAGGACUUCAGUACUUCUGGAAAAAAAAAAAUGCAAAUGGUUUAGCCAGGAUCUUUCCUGUCUGAUUCGUCACUAUUAUUAUAUCUGAUGAUGCGAAUGGUUGGAGCGAUUCAAUCUUAAGUCAUUAAUGAGCUAUUUUAUAAACACCACUGUCUGAAGAUCUUCAUUUACAUUUUGCGAAGGAUCACUUCGCUAACCUCACAUGCUUAUGUCAACAGCAUGAGUAGGAGACUUCAGUCACACUCAUAAACAACACAGCGGUAUUGUUAAUGGGUUAAUAUUUUAUAAAGCGUAAAUAUUUUAUUAUGUUUUGAAAGGAACUAUUGAUUCUAAAUUAUUAAACCCCUGAGAAGGGUGAUUUAAAUAAAGUAUACAAUUAAGUACAAUUAAAUGUACAUUGUGGCUAGUUUGUUUUCAGAUUCUGCACCCUUUUUAAAUUAAUUGAUUUUCUCAUUAGUGGAGUUUCUUCUUGUCCGUUUUUGAUAAUGAACAAAGCUAUCAUUUUGGGCAAAAGAACUCAACACAUAAAGGUGCAUUUAACAUAAAGGAAAAUACCAAAAACUAUGGGUUAUUACUAGAAACGUAUUUUGAAUAUUUGUAGAUUUAUAUUUAGUAACACAUUUUACAAAUUUCUUUCAAUUAAAAAAAAGAGAAUUCUAGGAAGUUUUGUGAUAUAUGCCCCGUGUGCGGGGGUUUUUUUCCCCUUGAGUUUUGUGCCUAAUAAAGGCCUUUUCUGUUUCAAAUUACAUAAGCUUUUUACUGCACGACUUUUGUAUUGACCUAAUUUCGACUGAAGUAAGCAAUUAUUUUCAGCAUGUUUAAUUUUUACAAUAAGAAAUUUUAAAUAACGUUUUUAUCUUUUGCUAAAAUUUUCCACUUUUUAAAACUAAAUAAAUUAUGAUUCAAAA